CCAGAAGAGGGCAGUAAUUUAACGACACGGAUUCAAGCUGCAGUUAAAACCUAAAAGAAGAGGAAGGAGAGAAGCCUGUGCUGUGUGGCUGCUGCUGGGACAGACGAGGAUUUCUUCACCUACAGCAGGCGACUGUCCAUCCUACACCCAGAAAGAGGCGAGACUGCGGGACAUCUGUCCAGGAUCUGCUCGUGUUUAUUAAUUUAUACUCGUGUUGAAAAGAAAUAUAUACCAAGUUGAAGCGCAGUGGACUCUUCUCUGUGUGGUCGCUUACGCUCCAGUGAGCCACUGCAGCAGCAACAGAACAAGCACGCCGCUGCCGCCGCCGCUACUGCUGCUGAUGCUGAUGUGAGGGGAAAAAAUACAAGUUGAGCCAGCAGUCCACUAAAGCUGUGUGAUCAUUGACAGAGCUCAAUACACACACGCUUGCGCGAUAACGGGCUGUGGGACCUCGGAGCCCUUUCAAGGACUGACGGCUAGCUGUGUUUGUGUCCUUUCAAGUCUUGGGCUUUUUGUAGCUGAGCCACUGUCAGAAACUUGGCCAAUAGGAACGGCUUGCACAAUUUCCACCAGCUUGUCCGCAGCCCCUUCUUAACCCAUACAGUCUUCUGCCCCAGCAUGAAUGAAGUCAGUGUUGUGAGAGAGGGAUGGCUCCAGAAGAGAGGUGAAUACAUUAAAACUUGGCGACCUCGUUACUUCAUCUUAAAGAGUGAUGGGUCCUUCAUUGGCUACAAAGAGAAGCCUGAGGUGUCCAGUGACCACAGCCUCCCACCACUCAACAAUUUCUCUGUUGCAGAGUGCCAGCUAAUGAAGACCGAACGUCCCAGGCCCUACACAUUUGUCAUUCGUUGCCUUCAGUGGACUUCAGUUAUCGAGCGCACCUUCCAUGUGGAUAGCAUUGAGGAGAGGGAGGAAUGGAUGCGAUCUAUCCAGGCAGUGGCUAAUAGUCUGAAGAGUCAGCAGCAGGAUGAGGAGCCCAUGGAGAUCAAGUUUGGCUCUCCAAGCAACAGCAGUGGCACAGAGGAGAUGGAGAUUGCUGUUUCCAAAUCCCAGACAAAAGUGACCAUGAGUGACUUUGACUACCUGAAGCUGCUGGGCAAAGGGACAUUUGGUAAAGUUAUCCUGGUGAAGGAAAAGGCCACAGGGAUGUACUAUGCCAUGAAAAUCCUCCGCAAAGAAGUCAUCAUUGCUAAAGAUGAGGUGGCACACACGGUCACAGAAAGCAGAGUUCUCCAGAAUACACGGCACCCGUUUCUAACAACACUAAAAUAUGCAUUUCAAACACACGACCGGUUAUGCUUCGUGAUGGAGUACGCAAACGGAGGAGAGCUCUUCUUUCACUUAUCACGAGACAGAGUAUUCACGGAAGACAGAGCGCGGUUUUACGGUGCAGAAAUAGUGUCGGCGCUGGAGUACUUACACUCACGCAAUGUAGUUUACAGGGAUUUGAAACUGGAAAACCUCAUGUUAGACAAGGACGGCCACAUAAAAAUAACAGACUUUGGAUUAUGUAAAGAGGGGAUCACAGAUGGCGCCACCAUGAAAACCUUCUGUGGAACUCCAGAGUACCUGGCACCAGAGGUGCUGGAGGAUAAUGACUAUGGACGAGCGGUGGACUGGUGGGGACUGGGUGUGGUCAUGUAUGAAAUGAUGUGUGGUCGGUUACCCUUCUACAACCAGGACCAUGAGCGUCUCUUUGAGCUCAUUCUCAUGGAGGAAAUCCGCUUCCCCAAGAACCUGGCUCCUGAGGCUAAGGCCCUGCUGGCCGGCCUGCUCAAGAAGGAUCCUAAGCAAAGGCUCGGAGGCGGACCAGACGAUGCCAAAGAAGUGAUGAGUCACAAGUUUUUCACCUCCAUCAACUGGCAGGAUGUCACUGAAAAAAAACUCAUUCCACCCUUUAAGCCCCAGGUUACAUCAGAGACAGACACGCGUUACUUUGACGAUGAGUUCACAGCACAGACCAUUACAAUAACUCCUCCAGAUAAGUAUGACAGUUUAGAUGCAGAGGACUCAGAUCAGCGUACACACUUCCCUCAGUUCUCCUACUCUGCCAGCAUACGGGAAUGAUUGCUCAGACUUUUAAACAAGCAGGCAGGCUAACACACAAUCACAAAUUCCACUUAACUCACUCGCACUGCUGGGGAGCCAGAACGACACAAUCUAAAACUGGCAGAGGACACAUUUUCAUUUGGUCUUAAACACACACACACACACACACACAAACACACACACACUCUCUCUUUCACACAAACAAACACACAAACACAUACCCACAUGUACCAGAAAAGACAUGGAUCAAAGAGCAUGAAGUGAACACACGGGCUGUGAAUGACUAACCUCAGCAGGUUUGUGUGCAUAGACUGGCAGCUUCGUCUCAGUGCGUCCUCUCAGGGUUUGCUCUCGGCUUUCCUGUAGGACGUCUGCUGCACUACACUGGGCAACACAUCAAAGCCUUGAUAACUUUGGAAAAAAAAAAAACAGGUUAUGCCAGCAAGUCCCACCUUUUAACCAGCUGAACCCUUGCUACACACAUCCAAACACACACACAACCGACCAUCCCAUUCACACCCUGCAAAGAUAAAUAUAUAUACAGUAUAAACAUACUCGGGUUGUACCUGAAAAUUUAAAGCUGAACAAAAAUUAGAAGAUGUGUUUUGGGGUGAGAAGGAAAAAAAAAACAAAGAUUUAUUUCAUGAAUUGUUACCAUUUUAAAUGUAAAGCCAUAUUUCGUUUGUGUUUUCUUUAGUUUUUUUUGUUUGUUUUUUUAAACAAGUGCUCUUUCUGGAACUUGCUGUUACAAAUCAAGUGUGGGACAGUUCCUACAGUGGGGGGUGGGAAACGGGGGAAGGGAGGGGAAAUCUCAUUUCUGUGUUUGCACUGCACUCGUGUAUAUGAGUGGAUGCAUGAAUGUAUGGGUGUGUGCGCGUAUGAGUGCAGGAGAAUGUAUGAACAACCAUUUUCUUUAUUCUCGACCAUCCAUUUGUGUGUGUUUUUAUGCACGUCUUUAGAAACUCACUGCUGUUGCUGGUAUGAGGAGAGGACACUACAUAACACGGCACACUCAGCGGCCUCUUUUUAAAGGGUACAAGCAUGUAAUUUACGUUCGCUGUCGGCUUGGCGCUAAAUUGACUCAGUCAGGAUUAGAAACUGGGAUUCACGCAUGGCUAAUCUUUGCUUUAAAUGCUGCGUUAAUUUAAUUCAGAGUGAUGCAGCAGUCAUGUUGCUGUGUCCGGACUGACCAAUCCACCAACCAGCUACCUGCUGGCUAAAAUGUUCAUUAAGGGCCAGUAGUUCUAUGUGUUAAAGACGAGAAUAAUUGAAGAAAAGUGGGAAAUAAAAAUGAAAUGCAUUUCCCCCUAACCUGUCUCCUUUACCAAUGUAGAUGAAUACAGCCAUUUGCUGCCCUCGGUCCAGUAAUUUCACUCCCUUGUUGAGGAGUUAGGAACCAAUCUUUUGUUUAUUUUCUAUAUUUUAAUAUCAAUGUAAGUGUUUAAAAAUAUUUUUAAAAAGAAGCUAUUGAAUGUUCCUGUAUUUAAAGAAUGAAAAAAAAAUUGUUACAUUGUUGUUGAGCCUUUGGCCAAAAACUGACUGACGUGGAUUUUUUACACUUCAAAUGAUUCCACAGUUGAUGUUUAGAGUCUUUUGGAUUGUUGACUGUUUUUUAAUGCUGUAUCAAAGCACUUAAGAUUAAUGUUAGGUCUAUGUUUGGAGCAAGAGUCUGCAGCUUUACAAUCCAGCUGAGUUCUGCUAUGACCUGGUCGACCCAGUCUUCAACCUGCAGACAGAACGAGACGCAACAUCGGCUUGUGUCUCGUGUAGCUGAAAUAAAAACGGACAUGCCGAGUCAUGAUGACAUGUGAUUGACAGACAGUUCUGGCUAUCAUAUACUGACAUGUGCUCCUGCAUAAGUAUUUUAUUAUUCCAUACUGCUGGAAAAGAUGUUUGCUCUUUGAGCUUAACAACUGGAACAUCUAGACCUUUUUGUUUGUCGUUGUUGUUCGUUUUCUUUCCUUUUAUUUUGUCCAUCUGUUUAUCAAAUUUUGGAAGACAUUUCUUGUUUAAGUAUACAUUAUAUAAAAUAUAUAUAUAUUAAAACGUUUUCAAACUGCUUUCUUUUGGAUUAAGUUCCUCAUUUCAUUUUUCAUUAGAUCUCUUGGCUUUAUCACUAAUUUAAUUUUAAGUUUGCACGUCACUUCCAUGAGGAAAAGAACUGAAUUCACUGCUCAUACUGAGCAAAAAGACGACAACGCCAACCACAGUUAAAUUGCUAUUUUUUAAGAUCUAAAAGAGCAUAUCCCUAAACUAUUUUCAAAAGUUCACAAUUUUUGAUACCAUCCUCCAAAGAGCACUCACCUGACAUCUGAGGUUUUUGCUACAGCAUCCAUCAGCAUUCACAGGGAUUCCCCGCAUAUCACACAUUAUUACUUUUGCUUUCAUCUAAGUUUUUUGUGAGUGAUGGUGGAUGACUGUGAGAUGUUUGAGUGAACAUGGCGAAGAAGACACAGAAAAGUAGCGAGUAUUUGACUCAUCGCUAAGCAGCUGGAGGCCUCAGUCCCUGCUAGCGAUAGUAUGAUAGAAUGGCUUUGAUUUAUCAUCCACAAGUCCAGCACCUCUUCUCACCGGCUCAGGCACUGGCAUCAUACUCUCUAGCCUCGUGUCCUGCUUUGGAAAACGGCAGGAACGGAUGGACUACACUGAUGGACACCACUGUGGAUUUGCCUUCAUUGCCAUCAUGGCUAUCAUGGCCAUAAGGGGGUGCUGCUGAACUUUUUUAAUAUUGGUUGAAAAGCCAUACACUGAACCUUGCUGCUGGCCACGCUUAAAGCAAUGCUUCACACCUGAACAUGCAAGUUAAUACCCUGACCUCUCCUGUAGGCAUACUCGGGCACAAUAAGUGCCUCCUCACUAUUGUGUAAAUACCAAAAAAAAAUAAAAGCUUGAUGAUGAAUGCAUUAUUAGUAGAAUGGGAGGCCUGCAGCUAUGUUGUGUUUGAUUUGCAGCUUUAUUGUGGUAAACCUGCUUCUCGGUAUAAUUCGAAUGUGAUCCAACGGUCACAAAUGUCACACCUGAUGCUGGUGUAACAAGAUUUUCUUUUGCUUGUUGCUGUUAGUUGAGGCUUGGAGGACGAUGGGGGGGAAAAAGCAACGUUUAAGGGGAGGACAUCGUCUUGGUCGACCGUUUUAACCCCUUCCCCGCAAGACUUUACAAUGUAAUGGGUGACACCUGCUACAUUAAGGUAGCUUAAAACAUUUGCAACUUGUGGCAGUAAACAUUUUUACUGAAUAAAGCUCUCUCUCACACAA